GUAAUAAUUCGCUCCGCACAGGUUUACGGCUAUUUUCCAGAAAUUAGUUCCUCGCUCGUGGCUCGCGUUUCUUCCAAAUCACCUCAAAAGCACGGUGUUUAUGAGCCUACCUAAUCCGAUACUGCAAUGGAAUUCCGGAUAUUUGCAGACAGAUCUCCCGGCUUUGCAAGUGUUUGAUGAGAUACGUUCGGAAUCUCCUUUUUUUUCUAGAGCCCGGUUCCAGGCCGUAGAGCAAGCCGACCUGGGGCUGCGGCCCCUGCCCCACACCCGGCCCGCGCGCCCGGCCCGAGGCCAGCACAGGACGCAGCCCCUCCGGGGCCGGGGCUGGCGGGGGCCGCUCGGGCUGCGGGCCGCUCUGCAACAGGUCACCCUGACCGCGACUCCGCGGGUUCGCGGGCGGCCAACUCUGCGGCCAGGCUUCUGGGCGCAGCCGCCAGGGCCAGGGGAGGGGGUGUGGCCCGGCUUCUGCUGGUCCUGGCUCCGAGGUCCGGGAUCGCGCUCACCUGAAGGGAGGCUGAGGCGCCGCUGGGCGCCAGAACAGAGCGGGCGGAGGCUGGGGGCUUCCGCCACCCGAGAGGGAGAGCGAGGCGGGUUCAAGGGGUCGCAGCGCCCCCGGCUUCAGGACGGCGCCCCCGAGCGGGGACCCCACGGCCGCUCCGACUCUGAGAACCCGCGGCCGAGGGAGGCGCGCCCCCCAGCGCCCUUCUCCCUCAGCCUCAGCCCCAGCUCCGCAGCCCCCUCCCUGCGCGCAGGGCGAGCAGCCCCGGGGCCCACGGCCGGGAGAGCCACACUCCGCAGCGCCGCCGCCGCCAUUCCCCGCGCCGCCCGGGGGGCGCCGCGUACCCACCCUCCCUUCCCCGCACCGCCCCGCGGCCUGAGCCCACCGACCUGUGCAGCCGCGGCCGUCGCCUCAGAGGAUGGAAAGACGAUGCCGGCCUCACGCUUCACCGCCACGGCCGCCGCCGCCUAG